AUGAAGAAGAGUGCUGAUGCUGAGUACGAUUUCUUGGAUUUCUGGGAAGCUAAUCAAAAGUUCUUUGCUAUGAAGCAAGGAACAACGGAAAACUUGAUGCAUUUCAAGGAACAAUUCUUGAGACAGGCUGAAGUCCUGCAAGAUCUAUAUGGCGUGGCCUGGUUCCGAGAUUUUGCAGUCAAGACGAAAGCGUAUGCUGCUAUUGCUAGCACCAAUACUGCUGCUCAAAACAAGUUCAAGGAUGAUAUCUUUGAAGCCGUUCUUGCAACAGGAUUUCUGUGCAACUACCAUCGAACGAGAACAGCUCCUCUGAUGCUGGAUCUUCAGACAAACUAUUGCAGAGAAGUGGAUUAUUGUCCAAAGACGGUCAGCAAAGCACAAGAUAUGUUGAAAAUUCAUAUGGAAGUGAUUAAAAAUCCGGGAGUGAACCUCUACCAAGGAAAAGACCAACCUAAUAAAGGUAAAGGUACAGGAAAAGGAAAGGGGAAACCAAAGGAUGGAAAGAAGGCAGCAUGCUAUGUAUGUGGCAACAAAGACCAUAUGUCUCCAAAAUGCCCAGACAGACUGUUACCAAAGAUGGAAUGGAAGAAUCAGGAUCAAUAUGUCAACUAUGGGAAGAAGCUCAAUCUUAAUCAGAUUGGAGCAACUGUCCCAGCUACUGUUCCAGCGAUAGUUUCUUGA